UGAGAAGGAAAAUAAGGAAGUUUCCACAAUUAAGAAUGGUCUUAAUUAACGGGAUACGCAGCGCACCACAGCACCAUGCUUUACGACGCCUUUACCAACCAUCGUCGCUCCGUAGCCGAUUAGGGUUUUCUCUCAUCUCAAACCCUAUAUUACUGCCCUGGAUUUUGCACAACCGAUAUAUGUGAUUUGCGAUAUAGUCUUCUCGGUGAAUUUUAGUUGGAUUGAUAGCCAUGGCGUGGUUUAGAGCUGGCUCUGGUUUAGUUAGACUUGCUAUUAGGAGGACUCUGUCACAGAGUGGAUCAUCAUACACGGGUAGGACGCGGAUCCUUCCCGCUCAGAAUCGAUAUUUUCAUUCUACGGUGUUUAAAUCUAAAGCGCAAGCUGCGCCUGUGCCUCACCCUGUGCCUCUCUCUAGGCUAACUGAUAGUUUCUUAGAUGGGACUAGUAGUGUCUACCUAGAGGAGCUUCAACGCGCUUGGGAAGCUGACCCAAAUAGUGUCGAUGAGUCCUGGGACAAUUUCUUUAGGAAUUUUGUGGGGCAGGCUGCUACAUCUCCUGGAAUUUCAGGCCAAACAAUUCAGGAGAGCAUGCGUCUGCUGUUGUUUGUGAGGGCUUACCAGGUCAAUGGACACAUGAAGGCUAAGUUGGAUCCGUUGGGUCUAGAAGAAAGAGAAAUCCCAGAAGAUUUGGACCCUGCACUUUAUGGAUUCUCGGAAGCUGACCUGGAUAGGGAAUUCUUUUUGGGAGUGUGGAGGAUGUCUGGGUUUUUGUCUGAAAAUCGUCCUGUACAGACUCUCCGAUCCAUAUUGACUAGGCUUGAGCAGGCCUAUUGUGGGAGCAUCGGUUAUGAGUACAUGCACAUCCCUGACCGUGAUCAAUGCAAUUGGUUAAGAGAGAAGAUAGAGACCCCAACACCCACACAAUAUAAUCGGCAGCGUCGUGAGGUUAUUCUUGACAGGCUUAUAUGGAGUACCCAGUUUGAAAAUUUUUUGGCUACUAAGUGGACAACAGCAAAGAGGUUUGGUCUUGAAGGGGGCGAGUCACUGAUUCCUGGUAUGAAGGAAAUGUUUGAUCGUUCAGCUGAUCUUGGUGUUGAGAACAUAGUUAUUGGAAUGCCUCACAGAGGUAGACUAAAUGUUCUUGGUAAUGUGGUUCGAAAGCCGCUUCGCCAAAUAUUUAGCGAGUUUAGUGGUGGCACAAAGCCUGUGGAUGAAGUGGGGCUCUACACAGGUACUGGUGAUGUCAAAUAUCACUUGGGAACUUCUUAUGACCGUCCAACCAGAGGUGGGAAGAGAAUUCAUUUGUCUUUGGUUGCCAACCCAAGUCACUUAGAAGCUGUGGAUCCAGUUGUUGUUGGUAAAACUAGAGCCAAACAGUAUUACUCGAAUGAUCUGGAUAGGACUAAGAAUAUGGGCAUUUUGAUUCAUGGGGAUGGUAGCUUUGCUGGACAAGGUGUUGUCUAUGAGACUCUUCAUCUUAGUGCUCUUCCAAACUAUACCACUGGUGGGACUAUACACAUUGUAGUGAACAACCAAGUGGCUUUCACAACUGAUCCAAAGGCAGGCAGGUCUUCACAGUAUUGCACAGAUGUUGCCAAGGCACUGAAUGCUCCCAUUUUCCAUGUGAAUGGAGAUGAUAUUGAGGCUGUUGUUCAUGUGUGUGAGCUUGCUGCAGAGUGGCGACAGACAUUCCAUUCAGAUGCUGUUGUUGAUCUAGUGUGCUACAGGCGAUUUGGGCACAAUGAGAUUGACGAGCCUUCCUUCACGCAGCCCAAAAUGUAUCAGGUCAUAAGGAAUCAUCCCUCAAGUCUUGAGAUCUACCAAAAGAAGCUCCUUGAAUCUGGGCAGGUGACAAAGGAAGACAUUGAUAGGAUACAAGAGAAAGUAAAUUCAAUCCUUAAUGAGGAAUUUUUGGCCAGCAAAGAUUAUGUUCCAAAAAGAAGGGACUGGCUUGCAUCUCAUUGGUCUGGUUUCAAGUCUCCUGAACAGCUUUCACGAAUCAGAAACACUGGGGUAAAACCUGAGAUUUUGAAGAAUGUUGGCAAAGCGAUCACAGCCCUUCCAGAUACUUUUAAGCCCCACAGGGGAGUAAAGAAAGUUUAUGAACAACGUGCACAAAUGAUUGAAACAGGGGAAGGAAUUGACUGGGCUCUGGCAGAGGCGCUUGCUUUUGCCACACUGCUAGUAGAAGGUAAUCAUGUCCGUCUGAGUGGUCAGGAUGUUGAAAGAGGUACAUUUAGUCAUCGACAUUCUGUACUUCAUGACCAAGAAACAGGGGAUAUGUAUUGCCCUCUAGACCAUGUUAUCAUGAAUCAAAAUGAGGAGAUGUUCACUGUCAGUAACAGUUCGCUUUCGGAGUUUGGUGUUCUUGGAUUUGAGUUGGGUUAUUCAAUGGAAAAUCCUAAUUCGUUGGUUCUCUGGGAGGCUCAAUUUGGUGAUUUUGCUAAUGGGGCUCAAGUGAUAUUUGAUCAGUUCCUUAGCAGUGGGGAGUCAAAGUGGUUGCGUCAAACUGGGCUUGUUCUUCUGCUUCCUCAUGGUUAUGAUGGCCAGGGUCCUGAACAUUCAAGUGCACGACUAGAGCGUUUUCUUCAGAUGAGUGACGACAACCCUUUUGUUAUCCCUGAGAUGGAUCCAACUAUGAGGAAACAAAUUCAGGAAUGCAACUGGCAGGUUGUGAAUGUUACUACUCCUGCCAAUUACUUUCAUGUUUUGAGGCGUCAGUUACACAGGGAUUUCCGUAAGCCUCUCGUUGUAAUGUCUCCCAAAAACCUUCUACGUCACAAGGAAUGCAGAUCAAAUCUCUCUGAGUUUGAUGAUGUCAAGGGCCACCCAGGUUUUGACAAACAAGGGACCAGAUUUAAGCGCCUAAUAAAGGAUCAGAAUCUUCACUCUGACCUUGAAGAGGGUAUUAGGCGUCUAGUACUUUGUUCUGGAAAGAUUUACUAUGAGCUUGAUGAAGAGCGAAGAAAGGUCAAUGCAAAUGAUGUUGCAAUCUGUAGAGUUGAACAGCUUUGCCCCUUCCCAUAUGACCUCAUCCAACGUGAGCUUAAGCGAUAUCCAAAUGCUGAGAUCGUUUGGUGCCAGGAGGAGCCAAUGAACAUGGGGGCGUAUAGUUACAUUUCGCCCCGCCUUUUCACUGCCAUGAAAGCGCUGGGCAGAGGAGGUAUGGAUGAUAUAAAAUAUGCCGGUCGUGCUCCAUCUGCUGCGACAGCCACUGGUUUCUAUCAGGCACAUGUGAAGGAACAAUCUGAGCUUGUGCACAAAGCCUUGCAGCCUGAACCAGUAAAUUACCCAUGCUGAAGCCUUUGCGAAAUCCUUUCAAGACCAAUUAUAGAAGAAUAAUGGUCACAUUCAUUACUGGUUUGAUGGAUGGUUAUUUUCCUUUAAUUUUUCUCUCGUUUCUGGUUCAUUUUACCUUAAAUAUACCCGAGGCACUACGGUAUUAUCAUUCGAUCAUAGUUUGCGUAUCUGACUAUGCUUUGAUGCACCCAAAAAUGGGUGAAUUUGAAUGUAAUAAGAUUCAAUCUGCAUGAAUUGUUGUUGCUACAGCUUGUGGAGAGUUAUACGGAGUGGUUUUGAGGAAA